GAACUUUUGCACCGGCCCCACGCUUUGGCGUUGUCUGGGCAACAGUACAGCAUGCGCAGACAAAAGCAAGAGUUUGGUCCUUCCUUCCACACUCGCAAGCGACCCCGCUAUCUUUAUUUAGCAUUGAAAUAGCACUUUUUUCAGACAAGGUUCUACGAGGGAAGUCAAAGAUGAGCGACGCGCCGGUGGCUGACAAAAGUUCCGCGGCCCCCCCACGAGAACGCAAGCCGAGCGGAGGGGUUGUCAAGCGGCUCAAGUCGCUGAGGAACCAAGUGGACAGCAGGCCCGUCACCGAGGAGGACCUGCGGGCGCAGAACGGAGCCGUCACGCCGGAGGAUAUCCUCGGACUGCGGCUGCCCACACGAGGCUACCUGUGUAAACCCGAGGACAAUAUUUAUAACAUCGACUUUGUACGCUUCAAGAUCAGAGACCUGGAGACGGGCACUGUUCUGUUUGAGAUCGCCAAACCUCCACACUCAGAGGAGGACAAUGAAAAUGGAGCGAGCGAUGCGAGCACGGGGCGGUUUGCACGCUACCAGUUCACCGGGGCCUUCCUGCGCCUGAUGACCGUGGGAGCCACAGUGGAAUUCACCGUCGGGAACCGACCUCUUAACAACUUCCGAAUGAUCGAGCGGCACUAUUUCCGAGAUCGCCUACUGAAAAGUUUCGACUUUGACUUUGGCUUCUGCAUCCCAAAUAGCCGGAAUACUUGUGAGCACAUCUACGAGUUCCCUCCGCUGUCCGAGAGCUUGGUUCGUCAGAUGGUGGACUCUCCCUACGAUACCCGCUCCGACAGCUUUUAUUUUGUGGAGAACAGACUGGUCAUGCACAACAAGGCUGACUAUGCAUAUAACGGAGGGCAGUGAAUAGCCGCAAGCGUGUAACACUUAUGAACGGCAACACGUUUAUGCACAGGUAAAACGCAAAUGCAUGCAUAUACUUGGCCAUGCGGGUGUAUCUCAAUGAAUCAAGAAUAUUGUGGAAAACUUCAUUUAAUUCAGUGACAUAUUUCAUGAUUUAUUUUUUUAUACAGUAAUUUGAAUUAAUAACUAAAUCAAUUAGAAUAUUACAGAAAGCAUAUAAUAUAUAUAAUUUUUAAAAUAUGUAGAAAUUAGGUAGGAAAAGUAUUUCCCCAUGUGCCGGUAUAUGACUGGAGCUACAGAAUAAAGAGUUUUUGAAUUGAAGUAAUGAAAUUUUUAACAAAACUAUUUUAUGUUAUUCAAAAUUAUUGAGAUGCACUUGUAUUAAAAAAAAAUAAUAAUAUUGAGUAUGUAUUGCAAUCUUACUUUGCCCGGUGACUGCUGUGACCUAAUAGGCAUUGCUGUGGUGAUCUCAAAUAUGCUUGGCCUCAUUUUAGUUUUUUUUUUUUUUUAAAGAUGUCCUUUCAAUCAAACAUGCAGCGACACCCACAUAAACACACAAAACAAUUUAUUCAAGCCCCGAGUGUCACAGUGUGUUCUCAGUGUUUGUCAGAAGCAGCUGCUCUUCUGAGCUACCACCCCCACAAUUCACUCCAGACAAUACCAAGGGAAAAAUAGAGGCUCAAUCUACAAAAACACUCCUGUCAAACACACAUGGUCAGUCUUGCGACCCCCCCACCCCCUUGGCCACAACCUAUCGGGCUUUAACACCCUCGCAUGAAAACACAGACAGACAAUCAUGCUGUAAGAGUUCAUUCACUCAGUGUUAUGUUCUUGUACUUGUCUACUUUUUACUCACCGUGUAAAACGAAAAUAAUCCUGAUUAAGUGGUGUACUAGUCUGUAAACAAAACAAAUGACCUUAAAAUAAGAAAUUUCAAGUCAAAUAUUUUCAUAUUGAGUGUCUGAGCCUUUGGUUGAAAGUGAAGGAUAUGUUACCCAUCACAUUCAAGAAGAAUAAGAUUUUGGAAAUCAAACUGAAAUCUUGAGUGCUUUUCAGGAAAGCUUGUGUUGGUGUUCAUAUUAGUGAUCUUGUUUGAAUAUAAUGAAAUAAAUGAACAUUUGCAGAUUAAA